AUGGUGGAGGAUCCUGCCGCGGAACAGGAGAUGCGGCAGCUGGAGGACCGGCUCAGGGAGGUCGGGGAACGGCUGCAGGCGCCUCCCGACGACGCGGAGGACCUGCUCAACCUCCUCAUCGUGAGCCCGCUCCUCCUUAGCGCUUCUUCUCCUCUCGUUGAUUGUUAUGCAUAUGUUAGGACUGCGCUUCUACGAUGUGUCGUGUUUGCCGGCGCGGUUACGGCUCUGUUCGCAUCGAGUAUGAGUAGGAACCGGGUGAAUGUUGUGCUCUUACCUGUUGUUCGCGAUAUGUUGAUUGGUUGGGUCGCGGAUGAAAUGCUACUCGGCCUGAAAGAGCUGCUGGGCCAUGCUGAUUCAAAUGUUAGACUUGGCGUGGCAUCAUGCAUAUCUGAGAUCACACGGAUCACGGCACCCGAUGCUCCAUAUGAUGACGAUGCAAUGAAGGAUGUAUUCUCUUUAAUUGUGGGGGCCUUCAAGCAUCUGGAUGACAUAGAGAGCCCCUUCUUUGGAAGGAGAACUUCAAUUCUUGAUACUGUGGCAAAAGUUCGGUCCUGUGUGGUGAUGCUAGAUCUUGAAUGUGAUGAUUUGAUAAAUGAUAUGUUCCAUCACUUCUUGAGGACUGUUAGUUCUGGACAUUCAGAAGCCGUCAUAUCCUGCAUGGAAACAAUAAUGAGAUUGGUAAUUGAGGAGAGUGAGGAUGUCCAACCACAGAUUGCUUCAUGUCUACUCCAAAAUGUUAGAAAAGAAGAAAAGGAAUCUUCUUCACCUUCCUUUGAGCUUGCUGAAAAAGUGAUAGACACAUGCCGUGAAAAACUGAAGCCAGUCUUUCUGCAAUCACUAAAAGGCACUUCCUUGAGCGAAUACAGCCAAAUUGUCGCAUCAGUUUGUGAAGAGGUUUCAGAUGACAGGGAAGAUAACAAUGCUGAUCCUUCUGGGAAGGACGCGGUGGAUGAUGGCAAGCUCUCCGAAAGGACUAUUUCUGAUGAAUUACCUCAGGAAUCUUCAAAGGCUGAGCAAGAUGUUAGCCGUCCUGAACAGGAUGGUACUUCUAUGAAUGGUAAUACAGGUACUGCUAUUAGCAGUGGUACUACUCCACCUGAUACUGGUGAGUCUGAUGAUCAAGGACCUCCUUCCACAAAGAAGAUUGAACAACCUUGCAAUGCUGAAAACAUAGCAGAUGCUGAUCAGUUGAAAUCUGACCACAAUGAAGGUGCUGAGUCCAAUGCUGCAAAGCCCAAAAAGAAAGCUUCCCUUGAUUCAGACAAAAGUACUAAGCUCAAACCGUCUGAUAAAUGUGAAGCAACUGUGCAUUCUGAUGCUGACACUAAAAAGGAAGAUCUUGUAGCAUCAGCCGAGGGUACAAAUGGAGCAGCUGAUGAUGCAUCAAGGCCUGCUGAUAGUACACCUAAACCAAAGCGAGGCCGUCCUCCUGGCCCAAAGUCAUUGCAGAAGAAAGCUGCUGGAAAGGAUCAAUCUUCAGUUUUGGAUUUGAAAAAGGUCAAGGAGGCAGGUGAAUCAGCCAGGAAGUUGGCGAAACGAUCAGCUAAGGAUGAGAAGUCUUCCGCAAAGAAGGCUGGUGAAGGAGAAUCAUCUAAGAAGACUCAAAAGAGCAAUUCGAAACAGCAGAAGGAUGAAACUCUUUCUGAGGAUGAUCCUGCCAAGGAUCUGAGCUUAAAGGAAAUGAUAUCGCCGAAAUCUUCAACCAAGGGCCCAGGUAGAACCAAAGGGCAAACCACAGAGAAUAGCACACCUAAGAUGAAGGAAGAACAAGAAACUGAAGAGCCUCCUCGUUCAAGGAAAAGCAAAGGCCUUGAUAGAAGUCUAGUUGGUGCAAGGAUCAAAGUUUGGUGGCCAGAUGAUAAGAUGUUCUACAAUGGUGUUGUGGAGUCAUUUGAUUCUGUUUCUAAGAGGCACAAGGUCGCAUAUGAUGACGGGGAUGUAGAGGUACUACUGCUGAGGGAUGAAAAGUGGGAAUUCAUCAGUGAGGAGAAGGGAGCUUCUGUGGCAUCUGAAACGCCACGAGGCAGAAAAAGAAAAGCGGACGCGGUGAAGGAAGAAAAUACAGAAACACCUAAAAGUGAUGCUGUGGAUCCUCCAAAGAAAAGAGGGCGUCCAAAAGGUGUGCGAUCCAGCAAUGGGACACCUAGUAACUCAGCUACUCCGAGCACAAAGGGGAAAACUGCUGGCAAGGAUGCCAAAGAAACACCUAAAACUGGCACCAACCUUAAGAAGGAACUUGAGAAGAGCUCCAAGGACAAAGCUAGUGUAUCAACUGAGACAAAGGAUGAAUUGCCUAAAGAUGAUAAGAGUACGAGCAAACCUAAGGAGGCUAUUAGCAAAGGCAAGGGUUCAAAAGAUGAAGGCAAGUCCACUGAAGGAAAAGCUAGGCCUGGUCGGAAACCAAAAAAUGCUGGUACUCCGGCGAAGAGUGAUGCUGACAAGGAGAAGCGGAAGGAGAAAGAAGUCAAGGCUGCUGAAAAAAGAGCAGGAGGCAUCAGGAAAUGCUUCUACAGGAAAGAAGCGCAGAAGGAAGGCUUGAAGUUAACGCUGAUGAACUUCUCUUGUAAAUGGAUGUGCUCCCUAGAUUUGCUCCUUAAGGCAGAGGUAUUGGCGCUGCACCAUGUAUUAUUGAGUGUUAACUCGAAAUUUCGUCUGAUUGAUCUUUAG